UUCUCUCAACCACACGAUCUUUGUUGCAGGAGAUAUUUACAAGAAGCCCGUGAAGAAGAAGAAGAGGAAGAACAAUUCAGAAGGACAGGCAAAGCUCUCAUAGAUGUUGACUCCAUUGCCAAGCACACCAGCUCCAUCAAACGAGAAGCCAGAAAACCAUUUGAAGAGUUUCUGUCUUGUGAAAGAUAUGGAGCAUGGAGGCAAGAGCAGAGGAUUGUAGCAGCAAGGCUGAAGAAACACCUCAAGGCAAGAUGGGCCAUUCAGAAACUCAUUCACGAACAGCUGGGCCGAUUCCAGGCCAAUUACAACCGGGCCAUGGGCCCAACCAAGAUGACGGACGUUGCACAAUUUCUCAUGCCCAAGUGGAUUCCGGCCCACGAGCUAGCAGCCCUGUUUUGGCUCGGAGACUGGAGGCCCUCCACCAUCCUCGAGCUCCUCCGCUCGUUGGCCCACUCCUUAUGGGACCCAAUUGCAGUGGAACGGGCCCUUUCCCAGCUCAUCCACGAUAUACGGAUCGAAGAGGCCGUGAUCGACGAGGAAAUGACCGAGAUCCAAGCGAAUUGUGUCCUUCACUUGCCGUUCGGCCCAACAAACACCGAGGGAAACUGGCUUGCCCUGGCCCGUGUUAGAUCCGAAUUCAAGAAAAUCCAUCGUGUCAUCACUAAGGCCCAAAACCUAAGGACAAAAGCACUAGAACUGGCAGUGUCAAAGGUGCUGAGCCAGACAGAUGCGGCAGAAUUCCUAGUUGCAUUUGUCGGAAUUCAAGAAGCCAUCCAUGAAUAUUCAAUGAAACAUAAAACGCGAAAGGGUCCGGUCUGCAUCGACGAACUUGCGAUCCAUUCCAGCGUAUUGGAGUAGCCGUAGCCCCAUUCUUGUUCUGUCCGGAGAUAGUUUCCUACGUAGUACAAAAUGUAACAGUCAUACAUAUAUGUACCUUGUAGCUUUCUUGGUGAUGAAAAUUCCAUGUUUGAGGUGUGUUUGGUAAGCCCUGCAAAAGAA